AUGAUGGAACAAAAAAUUGUGUUCUUAUUUAUUAAAAUUUCAACGUUUAUACUUUUACCUUGGAUAUAUCACUUUUACAAUGACUUGAGCACUUUAAAUGAUAAUUUGGAAGAAAAAUGCAAUAUUUGUAGAAAAUUAUACAAUAGAAAUGAUCGAUUAUUAGCAAAAUGUAAACAGGGUAAGGAUUCAAGUAAUGCAAAUUUUAAAGAAGAAAUGCCAAAUAAUGAAGUGAAAGAAAAAAUAUAUAUAUCUAAUAAUAAAAAAGGAACAGAAGGAAAACACAAACAAUCUUGUAGAAGUUCAUUGUAUAUUGAGGAAUAUGGAAAAAAUAUUGAAAAAAAUAAAUGUGGUUUAACUAAAACAAAAAAGUAUUUCGAUUUUGAGAAAAAAAUAUUUAAAGAACUUGAUAAUGAAGAUUAUGUUAAAAAUAUCAAGAAUAUUGACUAUAAGGUAUAUAAAAAGUUAGCACGUAAAAAACGAAGAAUACGAAUUGCUUUACUUUUGUUAUUUAUCUUGAUAUUGAUACUACCCAUAUUAGAUCUUUCAUUAGAGAAAUUUAAAGCUGGUGGAUUGCUAGGUUUAUUAAGAUUGUUAUACCCAACGGGAAAUGGAGGCGAUGAUGUGUUGGGAGUAGGAGGACAUUUGACUUCAUUGUUAGGCGAAGUUUCAUCGGGCAAUAUUAAUAAAGUAUGUGUAUUAUCUAUUUUCUUUUAUGGAGUACUUCUUCUUAUAUUUGUUUUAACAUUUAUAUUAGGAAUGAUUUACUACUAUAAAAAAGUUAUAAAAUAUGAAAAUGUAAAGUUUAGAAAAAGAUUAAAUAAGAAGUAA